AUGCGGUACAGCCUCCUUCCCGCCCUCCUGGGGUUGGUCAUCACUUCGGUUCAGGCGGCGUCUUCUGUCAUCCUCGAGCAGACCAAGGGGAUACCGCCUGGCUGGAGCUUCCAGGGCAACGCCAGUGCCUCGGACAAGAUCACCCUGUUUGUGGCCCUGAAGGAGCCCGGGCUUGAAGACUUGAAGGCCAAACUCCACCAGCGCCAGAACCCGGCGCAUCCCUCGUUCGGCCGGCAUCUCAGCCGGAAUGAAGUCAUCCAACACCGGAAGCCCGCGGACCCGGCUGCCGUCUCUGCCUGGCUGAAGGCGAACGGCAUUCGCGAUGUCCACGACCAGGGGAGCCUCAUCAGCUUCGAGGCAUCCGCCGAGAAGGUCAAGUCCCUGUUCGAGGCCGACCUGGCGUACUACGGCUACCAGGACAGCGACGAGGGCCCGGUGCUGCGCGCGACCUCGUACAGGAUCCCCGCGUGGCUGCGCGACUACAUCGAGCCCAAACCGAGCAGCACAAGCAGCGCCGCCGCCCUCAGCAGCAGCCCCUCGCUCGUCCACAACCCCACCCCCGAAGAGAUCUUCCCCAACCUCCCCUGCCUCGCGGCCACCGUACCCGACUGCAUCAAGAAGCUCUACAACAUCACCUACACCCCCGACAGCGACACCCCCAGCCCCGUGCGCUUCGGCGUAGCCGGCUUCCUCGAGCAAUACAUCCAGCACUCGGACGUGGACCACUUCCUCGACACCUUCACGCCCAACCUCCCGCCCACCUACAACUUCACCACCGAGCUCUUCCACAACGCCACCAACCCGCAACACCCGCCCUCCCUCGCCGGCCUCGAAGCCUCCCUCGACAUCCAAUACGCCCUCUCCCUCGGCCACCCCACCCACGUCAUCUACUACCUGACCGCGGGGCGCGGCACCAAGCUCGACGCCGUCACCGGCCAUCCCCUCCCCACCCACCACAGCGACAACGAGCCCUUCCUCGAAUUCCUCACCACCCUGCUCGCCAAGCCCGAUUCCCAACUCCCCCACGUCCUCAGCAUCAGCUACGCCGACGACGAGGUCGGCGUGCCGAAGGCCUACGCCCUGCGCGUAUGCGACUUGUUCGCGGCGCUGACGGCGCGGGGAACGACCGUGUUGGCGGCCACGGGCGAUGGUGGGGCGGCGGGGACCGGCCAGACGGAUUGUGUGGAUCGGGAGACGGGGCAGAAGAGGUAUGUGCCGACGUUUCCGGCGAGCUGUCCGUAUGUGACGGCCGUGGGGGCGACGGAGAAUGUGGCGCCGCCGGUGGCGGGGGGCGGGGUUUAG